GUCUGAAUGAGGGUUUAGCCAGGAUAGACAAUCUAUGAGCACAGAGUCAAUUCAACGUAGGCUAUAAACUAUACAAGAGUCAAAGCAUGUUGCCGUGGCGACCGUUGGGGCGGGUCUUCCUGGUUGCGUCACCUCUGAUGGGGGUGAUUAUGCUGGCCCUACACCUGCGAUCGCAGUUGGACCGGAGAGCGACGCGUCACGGAAACCACAUCAGUGACCAGCAGGCUGCCAACAGGUGCGGCUUCAGGGUGCAGUCCGAUGCCUUCACCCGGGUAGCGGGCUCCAAGACGCUGCUGAUCAACGCGUUCCGUGAGCACCGCACGGCCAACGCGAGCGUUCGGCUAAUCGCCAUCGUUCCGCAGGCGGAGCGCGCGCUGUCGAGUCGCUGUGUGUUUUGCUGCAGAGAGCGAGGAGAGGUGGUUACCGUGGCAGCCAAGCGCACCACUCACCCGUCCAACUACUUUUUUUCAUACGGGACGGGAGACUUCCUGUGCCCGACGCCCUCUGGCUGCCAGCCCAGGUACGUCGGGCUGGUGUCGGAGGACGGCGAGGACCUCUCCGACCUCACCCUCCUGCCCGUCCUGAACCGGCGCGCCCCAGAGCGCUCCCGGAUGCCCCUGAACUUCACGCUCUGCAUGCCCAGCCUGUUCAACCACUACGACAACGUGCUGCAGUUCGUCCAGGCGAUGGAGCUCUACCAGCUGCUAGGUAUCCAAAAGGCCUUCCUAUACAAGACGAGCUGCUCCGCUACCAUGGAAACGGUGCUUCAGUACUACUCCGGCAAAGUGGGUUUUCUUCAGGUGUUGCCCUGGCCAAUCAGCUCCCACUUGAAACCUUCCUCCAGCUGGCUUCCGUCGACUUCGCCCGGGGAUAUCCACUACUACGGCCAGAUCCCCGCCAACAACGACUGUCUCUACAGGAACAUGCACCAGUCCCGAUACGUCCUCAUGCACGACCCAGAUGAGGUGAUCGUACCCACCGGCAACGUGUCUUUUCAAACGUUGAUGUCUGAUCUGGAGAAAGCCCAUGGCGAGAACGUCAACUUCUACUUUCCCAACAACAUUUUCCGUCUGGAGGAAAAGGAGGAAAACAGCAAGUAUGACCUUCCGGAGUGGAAGCACCUUCCCGGCACCAACUUCCUGUUGCACACGCUGAGGGAGACGGACGGGGCGGGCGGGAAGCUGGUCCUGGAUCCACGCAGCGUCCUCCAGAUGGAGGUCCACGCCGUCCAGGCACACUUCAACAAAGGCCGCACAGAGACGAUUGGUUCAGAGCAGGCCCUCCUCCACCACGUCCGCCGGAGGAAGAACAGCCAGCAGAAGAGUGACCUGGUCCGGGAAGAGGGGCUGCUGAAGAUGGCUCCGGCUCUAGUCCAACGGGUCAACCGCGCCCUGAGCAGCAUGGGUCUCCUCAACACCUCCCACGGCCCGGCACCCCACUGAUGCUCAUCGUCUGACGACACCCCCAAACGUACAUUUUCGAUCCUCUGUGAGCUGUGGAUGACGGAUAAGAUCCCCCCCCCCCCGGUGGAACAACGGCACUGACGCAAGCGAGAAGAGAUGCCCCUCUCUUGUCCCUCUCUCGCCAAAUUCGGCGGGUGGCGAGCCUCCGGCUGCAGGCGUUCUCUACCUGGGGGGAUCAGAACAGCGGGGGCAGCGGUUCAUCAGCCGCCCACGACAGAGUGGUACCCUACACUGCCGAGACACCUCCUCCACCGGCAUAACUUGACUACACCUCUCACACAACGACUACAACUAUAGCUAGUUUGGCUCGUUCGGCUAGUACAAUCUAUUGACCCAUGAUAGCAAGGAUUAGAGAUGCUCCGAUAGAUCGGACGCCUGUCAGGAUCGGCAGCUAUUGGCCGGUCACGUGACGUAAAUUACUCGUGCAGUUUUUUUCCCCCCUGCAUGCGGCGCGCUCGGAACUUGCCAGCGGCAGCAUUAGUUCUCCCGUCUACAACAUUGUGCUGCACUGCCAGGAUUACAAGGGGGCGCUGUAAAGUUGGCAAAGGAGGCGGUUUUACGUUCAGGGUCGUUUACUG